CUAGCCUGGUUGCCGCGACCUUCACAAACGUCGCGAGGGCGUUUCGCGCUAGGCAUGAUUCUCCUCGCCAAAACCACGCCUCCGUUCCGGCUUUUCCUGACGUGAAGCUCUCCUCUCCUUCCACCGCCUCCACAGGUUUCUCCUGGUGCUCCACGCCUCACCCCUCGACGGGCUACCAGCGGCAGGGACGAACGUCACGUGAUAGAUCUAUACGGUAUAUAGUCUAUUUUGAGGCGCCUCAAAAAUAGACUCCUCUGCUGCGGCGGGCUCUGAGCUGAGCUCUUCAAAGCACCCAGCAGGCAACGGGGUGAGUUCGAGGCGGCUCAGAAUUCCAUCCAAACCUUGCCAGUACCGCCAGCGGCGAUUGCGGGGCAUUAGUAACUAGCAGCAGUGCGCCUGUGACCCGCCACUGGAGCUAUUAGGCUCCGUGCGUCCCUGCUGGGCCGACUCACUGCGCCCCCCCUGGUAGCUCUCUAAGCCUCCGAGGCUCCGAGUGUCUCUCGUGCCGAAGCUGCUACUCCGAGUCUCGUGCCAAAGCUGCUACACGACUUACUAGUACGCGCCGUCGAGGCAGGCAUUUGACUCCGAUUCGGGGGAGACCCUGUAGGCCAACUUGGCUUGAAGCCACCAUGGGCAGCUUCUCGGGGCACGUGAUACCGGGCUCGCUCAUCCUCUUCCUCGGCCUCUGGAACCUGCGCUGCUCCGUUAUAAGCUUCCUCACCUCCCCGCGCGCCUUUGUUGCGCGCGUGUGGCACCCCGUGCCUCUGCCCGGGCACUGGGCGCGGCUGCAGCUGUACGCCGUGGUGGGAGGCGGGUUCGCUUACAUGGUCAGCGAGUUCGUCCAUCUGUUUAUGCUGUCGCGCGUGCAGCUCAACAGCUACGAGCACCUGUCCACCAAUGUGGCCUUUGUGGUGGCGUACAGCGUGCUGCUUGUUCACGCCAGCACCAAGCUGCUUCCGUUCCCCAGGGGCACGCCGCAGGUGAUCGUCGCAUUCCCCUUCACGUGUGCAGCGGUGAUGUUCCUCUUCCACUCCACGGCGCACCACGGCCCCAUUGAGGCGCGCUACCACCUCUUCAUCGUCCCCAUCGCUGCCGCCACCGUCCUCUCCCUGCUCCUCUCCGCUGCCUUUCCCACAAGCUUCCUCCUCGACAUCCUCGCCAAUGUGGGCGUUUUUCUCCAGGGCGCGUGGUACUGGGUGACGGCAGCCGCGCUCUAUGGGUACAUGCAGCCCCCGCACUGCCGCACGAGUCCCACCGAGCCGGAUUACAAGCUGGUUUGCGAGGGAGACAAGUGGGAUCACCUGGGGAUCUCCCUUGUUUACGUGCACUUCGCGUUUCUGUUCAGCGCUACUGUGGUUGCGCUUGUGGGGUGCUAUGCGCUCGCUGCACAGAGUGCUCCCAGCAGCUCCAUUGAUUUCAUCCUUGACUCGGAUGCGGUACCGGAUGGCAGCAGCCCGUGUGGUUUGUUUGCUGGUGCUGCUGCUGCUGCGAGUGCUGUGGUUCACCCCUGGACCUCUAAAGGGUUUGCUGCUGAAGGGGCGGAAGUUGACAAGAGCGGUGGUGAAGCCAUUGCCAUGGCUGCUGCUAUCCUGGAUGUGGAGGGCGAGGAGGAGGCGAGCUUGCUGGGAGGCAAGGACCACCAAGUGAAGGCUUCUGUGUAGACGCAGAGAGCACUGUGUGGCAUGGGGUCUGUACAAGGCGCUUUUAUUUUGUUAGGCACACCAAGGAUGCACUCAUCCAUAACUAAAACGAUCUAAUAGGGUUCUCAUUAAAGGCCUUCACUAAAAUAGCAAACCCUAUUCAAGUUGGACCCAGCUUGAACAAGAAAGGGGGCUUGGUUUGAAGAAGAGUUGGGGUUUUUAUUUUUGGGCAGCUGACUAUGUUCGAAAUAGAUUCGGAAGUAGUUU